AUGCAGGCUCUCCGCUCCUCCGUCAGUCUGCUCUUCAGGCCCUCGUCCAUAGCGCGCCCCAUGUCGUCCGGAAGUGCCCCUCCUGCCUUCAAGCCUUUCAAUCUGGCACUCAUACAGCUUGGCCAGGUCACUGCAGACAAGGCUGCCAACUUGAAGCAUGCGCGGGAGAUGAUUCUCAAGGCGGCCGGCGGCGACGGAGGGGCAAAGCCAAAGCCCGACUUAGUUGUUCUUCCUGAAUGUUUCAACUCCCCUUACGGCCACGUACAUUUUCCGGUGUAUGCAGAGACUAUCGGAUACACACCAGGCAAACCCUAUGAUGUAGUAGCAUCUGUGAGCGAGUCUGUCAAGGUGCUCUCCUCGACAGCCAAGGAAGCCGGCGUCUGGCUUCUCGGAGGAUCGAUACCCGAGCGCGAUACUGACGGUUUUAAAAUCUACAAUACAGCAACUGUCUACUCACCUAGAGGUGAACUAGUCGCGACGCAUCGCAAAGUUCACCUGUUUGACAUCGAUAUACCCGGAAAGAUCACCUUUAAGGAAAGCGAGACAUUGACGGGAGGCACUACCAUGAACUUCUUUGACACAGACUUUGCCCGUAUCGGUUUGGGCAUCUGCUACGAUAUACGUUUCCCCGAGCUCGCGAUGACCAGCGCACGGAAAGGCUGCCAGAUCAUCAUCUAUCCCUCUGCAUUCAACAUGACCACCGGUCCAUUACAUUGGGAGCUAUUGCAGCGAGCGAGAGCCGUCGACAACCAAGUGUACUUCUCCAUGUGUAGCCCUGCACGGGAUCUGACUGCUGGAUACCACGCGUGGGGUCACUCGAUGGUUGUCGAUCCGAUGGGCAAUGUUCUCGCAGAGGCGGAAGAUGGGGAGGAGAUUAUCUACGUGCACAUAGAUCCACUGCCAUUCCACGAAGCACGGGCGGGGAUCCCGGUGACGGUUCAAAGGCGGUUCGAUGUGUACCCCGAUGUGAGCGAGGGGUUGUGA